AUGUCCGUGGUUCUUCAGAACAGCUGCGGUUGGGUCCUGGACUCUCGGCUGCUCAUUAAUCGAGGUUAUGAACGCUGCAUCGGGUGGAAAGAGAGUAAAAAGUUGCACUUCAGCUGUAGUUUUAAAAGGCAAUGUUUCCAGAUUUUAAAAAGCUAUUGCAGCCCGAGCAGCACUGCAGAUAUGGAAGGAGGACACGAACACGAUGAUGUGCUGCAGAAAAAUAAACGACCAAAGAAAAGGAAGCGAAAACACAGCAAACUCAAUCAAGGAGAAAUAGAUAUAAAGAUCUUCCAUGAGAAGAUCAGGCCUUUUAUUGUGGAGGGCACCAAGUCUUUGGUGGAUUCAGCUCAAUCCAUUGGAUAUCUGGAUGGAGAGAGAGACACAUUGAUGGAGGCUCUUCCUUCCCAGGAGUGCAGUCUGGUAGCUCUUUGUGAAAUGGCUAAAGAGCUCCCUCUAGUGGAGGAUGAGCAGAAGAAGUGGACCCAGCCACUUGUCACUGGAGAAAGCUGUGCUUCCCAUGUAGACCUGUUCUCCCAAGUGACAGAGAACAAACAGGACUAUGCAGUGGUGGUCCCGCUGAUGGGAGAAGAGUAUGUUAUACCGCCUAACGCAGCUUUCCUGCUCUCUGAUUUCACUAGAUUACAACCACUGGUCCAGUGUGGGAGAAGGUUCGAUUUAAUCGUCAUUGAUCCACCGUGGGAAAACAAGUCUGUGAAACGGAGUCGCAGAUACAGCUUCUUGCCCUCAUCCCAGCUGAAACGCCUCCCCAUCCCCUCACUGGCCUCUCAAGACUGUUUAGUGGUUACCUGGGUGACGAACCGGCCCAGCCACCUGCGUUUUGUUCAUGAUGAACUGUACCCACACUGGGGUGUACAAGUCCUGGCUGACUGGUUUUGGGUGAAGGUCACCACAUCUGGGGAGUAUGUGUUUCCCAUAGAUUCCCAGCACAAGAAGCCAUAUGAAAUACUGGUGUUGGGUCGAUAUUGUUCCGCUGAUACCUCCAGAAAGCCUUCAGAAAUCCCCAAGAUUGAAGAUAAGUGCGUGAUUGUGAGUGUCCCCUCAGCUCUGCACUCCCAGAAGCCUUCACUGUCAGAGGUCUUGAGGCCAUUUGUUGGCGCUGAGGCUGAGUGUUUGGAGUUGUUUGCACGAAGCCUUCAGCCCAGAUGGACCAGCUGGGGCAACGAGGUGCUGAAAUUUCAGCACAUCAGCUACUUCAAUUUGACACCUGCAGAAGCUUGUAAAGACGAGGCCACAGAUGACUGCACAGACGAGUUUUCAGUUCCCCUGAGAGAACCUGGCCUCCCUAACGCUUCGUCUCCUCUGUGAACAAAUGACUGACAUCCCAACAUCUGCCACACCAGUCUUUGACUUUGUUUUUAAUAAAGAUUCUACAUCAAA